UUUAUCAAGUGUUUCCAGGGGGACCAUGUGCUAAAAAGUUAGCUAAAAAUUUGGUUUAAGUCAAAACAUGUCCCACUCUUAUUUGCCUAGCUGUAAGCCCCGCGGUCAGAACUGUCCAUAAAACGUCCAGUUUAAGAAUGUGCUCACAAGCAUUCAUCAUCUGAAGUGUAAUGAAGUUCACAAAAUGCAGCUAGAGGUCCCCCUUGUGGCUAAAAAGGCAUGAAAAGUGUCAAUUAGGUAAGCAUUAGGUAAGCCUUGAACAUAAGUUCCUAGUCAAGUCAACACAAAAGAUCCCUGCCACUAGUUCAAUUCCUUCCUCGGCAGGAUGGCAGACACUCCGUGUCAUACCAUGAUAAAGAAUACUCCACAAACGACUGAGGAGCGGGGCAAGUGGGGCAGCAAAAAGGAGUUUAUCUUGUCUGUUGCAGGGGCUAUUAUUGGACUUGGCAAUGUGUGGAGAUUUCCAUAUCUUUGCUAUAAGAAUGGUGGGGGUGCGUUCUUCAUUCCCUACACCCUUUUCCUCGUGACAUGCGGGAUUCCUCUGUUCGUUUUGGAGGCAGCACUCGGCCAGUACACCAGUCAGGGAGGCAUCAUGUGCUGGAGGAAGGUCUGCCCUUUGUUUGAAGGAAUGGGGUACGCCAGCCAAAUGAUCAUUUUCUUUGGAAAUAUCAGCUACGUUGUGAUUUUAGCUUGGGCCUUCCUCUACUUCUUCUCUUCCUUCUCGGGAGAGUUACCAUGGGCCACUUGUAAUAACAAGUGGAAUACAGAUCAUUGUGUGGAAAUAAACAACUAUAAUGCUUCUGUCAACUGGACGUCACUCGUGAAUACAUCAUCAUCAUCUGUUAUAGAGUUCUGGCAGCGGCGCGUGUUAAAGAUCUCCUCAGGUGUGGAUGACUUUGGAAACAUACAGUGGGAUCUUUCUCUGUGCCUGCUCCUGUCCUGGGUCAUCUGCUACUUUUGUGUGUGGAAAGGAGUCAGGUCUACUGGAAAGGCUACCUACAUCACAGCAACCUUCCCCUUCCUCUUAUUAUUUGUGUUGUUCAUCAGAGGAAUGACCCUUCCUGGAGCUUUCCACGGCAUCAAGUACUACCUUUAUCCCAAUCCGCAGCGACUCGCAGACCCGCAGGUCUGGAUGGAUGCUGGAACACAAAUUUUUUAUUCCUAUGCUUUAUGUUUGGGAUACCUGACAACAUUUGGGAGCUACAACAAGUACAACAACAACUGCUACAGAGACUCCUUCUAUCUGUGCUUGUUGAACAGUGGAACCAGCUUCACAUCUGGAUUUGCUAUUUUCUCAAUCCUUGGCUACAUGUCACAAAAGCAGGGCAUCGACAUUUCUGCUGUUGCUGAGUCAGGCCCUGGUCUGGUCUUCAUCGUCUAUCCACAGGCUGUGACUCUGCUGCCGUGGCCUCAGCUCUGGUCUGUGUGCUUCUUUGCAAUGAUCAUCCUGUUGGGAAUCGAUGGCCAGUUUGCCGGUCUUGAAAGCAUCAUGACCUCUCUGUCAGAUGUCUUCCCUUCCCAGAUCCGAAAGGGAUAUCGCAGAGAACUGUUUUUGGUGCUGGUCUGUGCCGUUAGCUACGGGUUAGGCCUGUUUUUGGUGACUCAGGCAGGAGCAUACAUUCUGCAGAUCUUUGAUCACUAUGUGUGCAGUGGACCCACACUUCUUUUGAUGGCAAUUUUCCAGUCGGUGAUUAUUGGAUGGAUUUAUGGAGCCGAUCGCUUCUUUGAAAACAUCGAGGACAUGAUUGGCUACAGACCUCUCUUCCUGUUCAAAUACUGCUGGCGUUAUGUCACCCCUCUAGUCUGCACUGGCACCCUGGUGUUUUUGCUGCUGAAAUACACCCCCCUGAAGUUCAACAACACGUAUGUGUAUCCUUGGUGGGCUUAUUGUUUGGGCUGGUUCCUGGCUAUGUCCUCACUCUCGAUGAUCCCACUCAACAUGGCCUGUAAGGUGGCCAAAGGGAAAGGGACUCUGUGGCAGCGUCUCAAGAAAAACUCGCAGGCUGCAGACGACCUGCCUGUGUCCGUUAAAGAGCUGGCGAACAUCCCUGCUGAACGCCACAUCCUCAACGACGAGGAAAACGACCGUCUAUAGACGACAAAUCUUUUGUUUUCAUCAUCUUUAAACUUUUAAAGCAAUAAUCAACCUAUUUUUUUAAAAUAUAAGAAUUUCUUUAUUUGUUUGUUUGCAAAGACAGUCAUUUGCUUACAUUUUACUUUAUUUUCCUUUUUGUUGCGAGCUUGGAGGCAGUGUAAACAGUGAAGGAAAAACAUGAAUUGAAUCCUCAGCUUUUCAACUGACUAAGAAAAGAUCAGUCAGUUGUUUUAAGGCUGUUUUUUUCAGGAGCCAGAGACAGAAUAGUCGCAAAAAAAAACAAAAAAAA